UUUAUCGUCGCAAUCUAAUUUAAAAAAAGAAGUAAACAAGGACCGAUUACCAGCUGUUAGCCGUCUGAUCUUUGUACUUUAAUUGAUUUCUUCAGAGUUAGAUCGAAAUUACUGAAUUUACUUUAUCAACAUGGCCUCAGCAAUGAAGUAUUAUUACGAUCUGCUGUCUCCGCCUUCGCGUGCGCUUUGGAUUGCACUAAAAUUGGCCAAAACCCCUUUCGAAGAUUGCCCCGUGGCAUUGCGCAAGCAGGAACAGCUAUCCGAUGAGUACAAGAGCAUCAAUCGCUUCCAAAAAGUGCCUGCAUUGGUCGACGGCAACUUCCAUUUGUCCGAAAGUGUUGCUAUGGUUCGCUUUUUGGCCGAUACGAAGCAACUCACGGAACAACUGUAUCCAAAGUCCAUUCAAGAUCGAGCCCGCAUGGAUGAGUAUCUGGAAUGGCAACACUUUAACUUGAGAUUACCUUGCAAUCUGUAUUUUCGGGAUGGAUGGUUAUUCCCCAUCAAUGGCAUUACACCAAAGCCAAAGGCGGAAGAGCUUGAGAACUAUAUCAAUAAUGUUGACAAUAGUUUGGAAUUACUUGAACAUUUUUGGUUGGACCAAAACUUCUUGACUGGGUCGCAUCUGACGGUGGCGGAUUUGUUCAGCUCCUCUGAUAUUGAGCAACUCAAGCUUUGCCAGUACACGGUGGAUGAGCAGAAGUUUCCCAAAGUGGCAAAAUGGUUGGAUCGUGUACGUGACGCUUCCCAGCCUUAUCAUGAUAAAGCUUAUGCAUUCCUUCAAAGGAAAUCCAAGGCGACUGCUCAAUCCCAAGCUAUAAGCGGCAACUCAACCUGCGAAUGGCUGCCUAAAUGUUAACAUUCUAAUAUGUUAUAAAUACUAUAGCUUGUCAUCUUCUCGCACCUAGAAUUGAAUAUAUUCAAUAUAAUGUCAAUUUAUACGAUUUGACAUUAAUACGUGCUUUAAAAAGGAUUCGCUUGGAAGUCUAAGUAAUAUUAUUUCGAUGCAAUAUAGCACUGUCAAAUUUUUGUGUUCAAUAUA